AUGCACGUUGGCACCGUGGUUUCACUGCUAGCCUGCCUCGGCCUGAGCAGCGCCCAGGUUAUCACUCGCGAUGUGACUGUUAUUGGCGGUGGCUCGGCGGGUACAUACGCGGCCGUUAACUUGCGCGAGAGGAAUCGAACAGUUGCCGUUAUCGAGAAAAGCGGCCGGCUGGGUGGCCACACGGACACCUACUUCGACGCAGCUACCGGCACACACGUCGACUUCGGCGUACUCUUCUACGAGAACUUGACGGUUGUUCAUGACUACUUCAGCCAUUUCGGGAUCCCCUUGACAACCGUGCCUCCUGGCGGAGGGGAAGCCCAGCGCAUCGAUCUCCGAUACGGGACACCUGUUGAUGCUUCACAGGGUAAUGUCACAGACGCCCUAUCUCGGUAUGCGGCGCAGCUGCUGCAGUACCCCUAUCUCGCCGUUGGAUUUGACCUGCCGGACCCAGUCCCUGAAGACCUAACGCUACCUUUUGGCGAGUUUGUUCAGAAGCAUGAUCUAGGCGCAGUGGUGGAUGUCAUCUUCUCGUAUGGACAGGGUGUGGGAGAUCUGUUGCAACUGCCAACAAUUUACGUGAUGAAAUACAUUUCGCUAGAGGUCUUGGACGCCAUGCAGAACGGCUUCCUCCAGACGACCAACCACAAUAACGGCGCGCUGUAUGUGGGCGCCGCCGAGCAAUUGGCAGCCGAUAUCUUCUUCAACAGCACCGUAGUUUCCAUGGACCGCGACAGCGACCCAGAAUGGGUACACAUCGAAAUAAAAACACCAGACGGUCGCCAGAAUAUCCGAACAAAGCAGGUUAUAUCCGCCAUCCCGCCGACGCUAGAUAACCUGGACGGCUACGAUCUGGACGAAGUUGAACAAGGCCUCUUCGGCCUGUUCAGCAGCAGCUCUUACUACACGGCUCUAGCGCGAAUCGACGGCUUGCCUGCUGAGGUGACCGCCAUAAACCGGGCCAAUGACACGGAGUAUAACCUCCCACCAUUGCCGGGCGUGUAUGUCGUGACCCCAACCGCCGUGCCGGGUCUAUACAGCAUUUUAUACGGGAGUGAGGAUUUUAUCAGUGAGCACAAUGUCAAGGACGCCAUGUCGCAGGCCGUGCAGCAUCUAAAUGGUAGUAACCCGGAAUAUAUGGCCUACGAAGCGCAUGCGCCAUUUGAGCUGAGGGUGUCGCCUGACGACAUUGCAAAUGGCUUUUACCAGGAUUUGAAUGCAUUGCAGGGACGUCGGCGGACAUAUUAUACGGGGGCGGCUUUUGAUGCGCAUGAUUCAUCGCGCAUCUGGCGAUUUACGGAAACGUUGUUGCAGAGGAUGCAAGUGAAACAAUAA